GCUCCAUAUGCAUUUUGAACUAACAGUCAUGGCAUCCAACAAGUUUGUUAUUAAGAAUGAACUGUAAAAGAAGUUGCAGUAAAAAAAUCAAGAAGCUGGCUAGUGUGAAAGAAUGGAGAAGCUUGUUUGUGCCAUGUGGGAACUUUGCUGUCCUGGUAGAUUUUCAUAUUUUGCCUCAAGGCCCCAGUAGAGACACCAGCUGGUUUUCAGAUCAUGAGAAGGAGGAAGUCUGCAUGCUGCUGAAAGACUCUAUUGAUUCAAGAGUCAAGCAAUACUUGGAAGCUCGUAAACAACGUGGCCAGUGGAAACGCAUGGAAUACACAAAGCCCAUUCCUUUGUCCCUAAAAGGUGCUAGUUUUCAUAUCACAGCCUACUUUAUGAAAAGAUGGGUGAAUCUGCGUUGCGUUGCAGAAGACCAGUAUCGUGAGCUGCAUGUCUUUCCGGAAAGACUUAUGGUCUGUGCCAGUAGACUUGAAUCUAAUCCCAGUCCUUGGACAAGUGAGAACGGGGCACUGAAAGAAAACAUUUAUAAUGGGACCUCUGAAUAUUUUGCUGAAUCUGCUGAAAAGAAAAAGUGCAACAUUCCUCUGACUCAACAGAUAAAGCAAGAUAUCUUGAAAGAUAUUGCAAAAAGGAAAAAAACAAGCAAUGGUAACUCGAGCAAACCUCAAACCAGGGAGGACACCAUGAAAGUGUAUCUUGGCUCAGUAAACUCGGAGACAAUUUACAGUGCAAAAAGGAAAAAAACAAGCAAUGGUAACUCGAGCAAACCUCAAACCAGGGAGGACACCAUGAAAGUGUAUCUUGGCUCAGUAAACUCGGAGACAAGGAAAAGGAAGAAUGAACAUCAAACUCCUUCCGAUCCUCAGUCUGAAGCAAAAUGUAGGCGCAUAGAACAACCAAAGGAUUGCAAAAAUGCAGCUGAGAUUCCUGUUUUAGAACUGGAAAAUGAUGUUAAUCGGAGACAGCCAGAUGAUGCUAGCAGCCAAAAACUUCACUCGGCAGAGUGGUUAAAGAUGAGACUUCUAAGCAAGUACCUUCCAUGUAGAUAUGAGUCAGCACUGCCAGAUCCAAAACAAAGUCAAGGAGUGACUGAAACACAGAAUCAGCAAAGGAGCUGUGGUUCAGAAGAAAAGUUGGAUCCCUGCAAAAAAGCAUUUUCUGAAGAGGAUUAUCUAAUCCCCACAGACACAGAACAAAAAAAAACCAAUGUUGAUUGUUUAGAACCAUCUUCAGAAGUGAAGACCCGAUUGAAUUCCAAGUUGUUUGCUAAACAAGACUUGGCAAAAUCUAUGUCUGAUGAAGAGUCACUUACUUUGGGAAAAAAUCCCCUAAGACCUUUUUUUAUGAAAAAUAAUACACCAGUUGAGCAGACAAACCAAAAUGAGCUAGCCACAACCACUGAAGAAUUAUGCCUAAUGCCUUUAUCCUCCUAUUUAAAACUUAACUCCAAGCCUUCAGAGGAGCUUAUGCACAAAAGAAAGAAAGAUGUUGAAGACAGAUCUAGAAAGUUAAAACUACAGAGGGUUAAGAAGUCAUGGUGCACUAAAUAUCGCCAUUGUGAAUUCAGUUAGGCACCCAUAGUUGUUUUCAGCAGACAUGAAUGCCAAGUUAUAUUUGAAAGAAUUCAGAAAAAAUAGAAAUGAUAAAAUUGCAGAUGAUUAAAUGUACCAGUUAAAUUGUUAAACUUCUUUGCAAUGAAACUAAUUCACUACAUGCCUCAAAUACAUAGAUCUGCUAUAACAAUACACUUGGUUUUUGCCUGUCAAAAUAAUGUAUUUAAAUAUUUAAUAAAAGAAGGACAUAGUGUUUAUAUAAUUAGUCAGUAUUUCACAUAUAACAUUUUACCAUUUCAAACUAAAGUUUCUCUGGGGAGGAUAGGGUAAAUUUUGAUACUACUAAUAAAUCAUUACCCAAAGAUCUGAGGACAUCAAAAUUAAGGCAACUGUCAGAAUCAUUUCACUUACCGUUUUUCCAGUUUUGUGCUGACUGCUAAACACAAAAUUUUAUUCAUUAGUAGAAAUUCACCCAUUAGGCUUUUAGUGGGGAAAAUUCUUGUUUAAUUAAUUUGAUAUUUGGAAAGAGAAAAAAUGCCCCAGGGUAGUGAAAUUUAAACUUUCAUUUUCUUUUAAAAUAUUUUGAAAUAGCGCUGAAUCCAUAACCUUCUUUAAUUUGGCUAGUCAUUUAGGGCCUACCUUUUCAUUGGGGACUCAACAUAAGCAGCAUUUGUGCAUCUGCAGUUUCAGGGACACACAAUUUGUAGUACUAGCUGUGUACACAGGUGGUAGAAUUUUUGCAUGCUUAUGCCAUUUAGAGAAAGCUUAUACAUGCAAGGCCUAGCACCUACCGUUAUUGCUGGGAAUAGUUCAUGCACACAGAUCUAAAAAUCAUACUGUAUUUCCUUGUGAGGGGCACUUGUAGCUGUCUUAUAUUUGCUUGUAUAUAAACUAUAUCUGUGGUGUUUGGCUACUGUUAGAAAGUUUGUGUUUAAUUUUUAAUUGUGCGUCAUUUUUUAAUAUCACUUUUAUGGGUUGCACAACUCAUUGACAUGUACCAAUUAACUCAUUAUUUCAUUUUUGUUUUCCUAAAAUAGAUGCAAUAAAAUUGAAAUAAAUGUUUCCUUUUA